GUGUGUGAGUACGUGAGUGAGUGUGUGCGUGAGUAAUACAGGGUGAGAACAGUAGACGGUCCUCCCACCCUCUCUAUAAAAGACCUUACAUUGAGUCUGAGGGAGCAAAAGGAGUGACAGUACAAAGAGUGAGAGACAGAACAGAACUGAGCUGUCUGAACUUUAACCUGGCGUUUAACAGAGCUGCAGUUAGACUCCUGAGUAACACAUUUAAGGAUUUAUUUCAUACAGCAACAAGAUGAUGGUAAUGAGGCUGAUUUUGGUGGUCAGUGCAGCGCUUGUCCUGAUGUCGGAUGGUACCAUGGGCGCAAGGUCUCUGUCCCGUAGCCGCAGGGAGCUUGCCAACCCGCUGCAUGUAAUGGGCAUCAGGGAUCCCUUUGGCUCCUACUGCCAAAGGAGAGGAGGUUGUUGCCCUGGAAGAGAUGACCAGUGUACCGUGCCCUAUCUAGACACCAUAUGCUAUUGUGAUCUUUUCUGCAACCGCACCGUGAGUGACUGCUGCCCAGAUUUCUGGAACCAGUGUUUGGGAAUCGAACCUCCCUACAGAGGUAUCUGUGAACGAAAUGGUCACAAGUUCCACUCAGGUGCCACCUACAAAGAGAACUGCAAUUUAUGUACCUGUAGUCCAAAUGGCCGUUGGGAUUGUGAGCAGCAUGUCUGCCUGAUAGAAGAUGACAUGAUUCAGGCAGUGAACCGUGGUAACUAUGGCUGGAAGGCAGCAAACUACAGUAAGUUUUGGGGCAUGAACCUGGAUGAGGGUCUGCGCUACCGUCUUGGCACUCGAAGACCUUCGCGAGCCAUCAUGAGCAUGAAUGAGAUUCAAAUGAACAUGGAUAAUAAUGAAUAUCUGCCCAGCUAUUUUAAAGCUGCUGAGAAGUGGCCAGGAAAGAUCCACGAGCCUUUGGACCAGGGUAACUGUGCAGGCUCAUGGGCUUUCUCCACCGCAGCCGUAGCAUCCGACCGAAUCUCCAUUCAGUCCAUGGGACACAUGACCCCACUGCUCUCACCACAGAAUCUGAUCUCCUGUGACAAGCGUAACCAAGGAGGCUGUGAUGGAGGGCGCAUUGAUGGGGCUUGGUGGUACCUGAGGAGAAGAGGGGUGGUGACAGAGGAGUGUUAUCCAUUUUCUCCUCCCCAGCAGACUCCUGUUCAGGUGAGCCACUGUAUGAUGCAGAGUCGCUCAGUGGGCCGAGGAAAACGGCAGGCUACAGCACGCUGUCCCAACAUCUAUAGCUACCACAAUGAAAUCUACCAGUCCACACCGCCCUACAGACUGUCCUCAAAUGAGAAAGAGAUAAUGAAAGAGAUCAUGGAUAAUGGACCUGUGCAAGCGAUAAUUGAGGUGCAUGAAGACUUCUUUGUGUACAAAAGUGGAAUCUAUCGACACACAGCAGUGAACUCACACAAAGCACCACAGUACCGCAAGCAUGGUACACACUCAGUAAAGAUCACAGGGUGGGGAGAAGAAAGAGACUACAGUGGAAGAACACACAAGUACUGGAUUGCUGCCAAUUCAUGGGGCAAGAACUGGGGCGAAGAUGGCUACUUCCGCAUUGCACGAGGAGAAAAUGAAUGUGACAUUGAGGCUUUUGUGAUUGGCGUGUGGGGCAGGAUAACCAUGGAGGACAUGUACAGCCAUCACCACCACCACCACCACCACAGAAAACGUAAAUAGGGACAGUCGAGUCGAGAUUUUUGCAGGCUUUUUUCCAGCGAGAUCCAUGAACAACUCAAUAUGUGCCUCAUAUUCAGUCAGGAUAACAGAACCUCAGGAUAUGAUUUCCAUCAAAACAAUCUUCACUGAUGAUCUAUCAAAAAACACUAUUCCCAUCAGUGCUAAUGGAUGUUUAAUACCAGAUUAUUGAGCAAGUGAUGUUUUUGUUUAAGCUUUUUGACCCAAUUAUGGAUUAAACAGUUAUAGGUGAAAGGUAAUAGUUUUUUUCUUUAAUGUAAUGAAUGCUUAUGGUAAAGUGUUUGUACAGAGAGGUCUAGCAUUGCAUGAUGUGAACAUGCUUCCAAUGUGAGUUUAUCACAAGCCCCCGCUGGUAGCUAUAGGGCUCAGUUUCAAACCACUCAGGACCACUUACUGCAAAGACAUUUCACCUCACUUAAAAAUAUAAGGAGGCCUAUGGUUUAAAUGUAUUUUAUGUUUAACUUUUUUAUUAGGAUCUGGUAGGCAGGGUAUAAACAAGGUGGUUGUUUAGUAUAACCAUACAGUAUAAAUUAUUUAUUAAUUCCAACUGGAAACAGCAACAUACAAAGUGGAGGAGCGUGUAAUUAAUAGAUCUGGUUGGUGACUAAGUAUUUAUUCUAAGUUUGUUAAUGGUUGUAGAUAUUUCCCUUAAGUGUUGGCUGCUAAAAGACUGCAGUGGCUUUUACCAUGACACAAAAAUGACACAGGAUGCCUGACUUGGCACUUUUCAAAUCAAAUAAGUUUAAAUCUUUUUUAAAAGUAUCCUGUGUGCCAUUCCAAAGUAUCAGAAUGUAAAUGGUAACUUACUUUACACUAGUGCUAAACUGAACAUUAUAACCAAUGAUCUUAGUAUGUGUUGCAAUCUGAGGCAGAGCCAUUUUUACAGCUUUUUAGGCCGCCUGCACAGUCUUACAGUGGUUGCAAGCAUUUCAUUUGAAUUUACUCAUUAAUCAUUACACUCAGUAAUUUAUAAUAAACCAUAAUUAAAUUAUUGUUAGCAGAUACUGCCUAAUUAGCCUCUCCCAGAUUAGUCAUUUAGGAGUUUCUGGAGAGCUCAUCAACCUUGAAAAAAAGGUGUGAUUGGCUAAAAGUUAUAUCAGAAAAGCAGUCAAGUCCCAGUUUUAAAGAAGAAAAUGUGACUUCUGUGUUGUGAUAACUAAUUUGACCCAAAAUACGCAGAAAGGCAUAAAAUUAGCCAUCCAAGAGAACGUAGCACUUUAGUAAGUACAGCAGUGUUUGAGUUUUUCAUUUCUACAAUAGAGGGAGCUCUAACUACACUGGUGCAAUUCGACACAAGCUGUCCAUUAAUCAUCUUGUAGUUCACAUGCAUUUGUUUAAAUAUCACAGCGGUAUUCAGAUCAAAAUGUUAAAAGUAAUAGUCAUUUUUGGUGAUGGCUACAAUUUUAUAUUUCUUUAUAUUUUGUAGACAUUUUGUCUAGUCCAUGAUGUUCUCACUAGAUUUCUUUCACUAGGACUGUUUGCGCAGACAAUGUAAUUUGUUUAUUUGCUUUGUUGUUAAAGAAACAUACAUAACCUGUAUUUUAAUAACGCUGAUCUUUAUUACUUAUCCAAUUCCAUAAUGCUGUGAUAUAUUGUAUACUAUAUAUGUAUAUAUAUAUAUAUACACACACACACCCUGGUAAAUAUGUGUAUUUCUCCUCAGCUAUUUGUAUUCAUAUAAUAGAGCAUUACAGUUGAUACUAAUCUCUAAUGCAUAAUGUCUAUAUUUGUGCAAAAUGACUAUAGCAGCACAAUACAUAACCAAAACAUAAGCAUAACCUGCCUAUUUUAACAAGAAUAUUAUUGCAAAAUCAUUCCCAUAAUGCAAUGGGAUCUGUCAGCAAAUGUCUUAAUCUAUAGCACGUCAUGCUAUAUUCAUGACUUCCUUAAUCUGCUAUGAAUAAUGUUUUGCACAGCAAUACAGCCCUGAAUGUUUCACUCUUCAACUGAGUCUGCAGCUGCGUUUCACACUAACUGCCCCUGAAUACAUCAUUUUCAUUUAUUUAUUUGUGAUGCAUUAUUACCAUUACAAGCUAUUGUAUUAUUCAUUUAAAUCAUGCAAACCUCAACUUGAAAUUGUUCUUAAAGUUUUCAUAGACCCAUCCAUCCAUUCACCUAUUUAUAACAUUUACUAAUUUAGUCAUUCAAACCAGAGAGAAAUCUUUUACUGGCCGAACCUAAAACAAGCAGACACAUUUUGCUUGACCAGAUGUUGUUUAUUUCUGCAUGAAUAAAUGUUUGGCAUUGCAGGAGUUACUUUCAUCUGGCUGACACACCUGUAUUAGUGUACCUAAUGUUAAAAUUUGUAGAACUUUGUAGAAUAUAUUCUUCUAGUCUUUUGUGCAAUGUGUGUUGUCAUCCUGUUAUACUGUAAGUAUGUAUGUAUGUGUGCAGUACAAACCACUCUCGUGUUUACCUGUGUAAUACAAUAAAAUCUAUUUUAGACACCAA